AUGGGGAGCACAGCCCAGGUGCCUGAGCUGGAGAAAGCCACAGUCCGCAUAAAGCACCCAGAGCAUGUGUUGCAGAUAAUCCAUUCCAUGAAGGAGCAGGGGAUGAACAAGCUGCAGGUCAUUUCUGACUUUGACAUGACGCUGAGCAGGUUUGGAUGCAAUGGCAGACGCUGCCCCACCUCUCACAAUAUCCUUGAUAAUAGUCGUGUUGUUAGUGAAGACGGCAAGAAGAAGUUAAAAGAUCUGCUGCACUGGUACUAUCCCAUCGAAAUUGAUCCCAACCGGACCCUGGAAGAGAAACGCCCCCUCAUGGUGGAGUGGUGGAGCAGGGCCCAUGACCUCCUGUCACAGCAGAAGAUCCUAAAGAGUGACAUAGCCGAGAUUGUCAGAGAAUCAGACGUGAUGCUGAGGGAUGGAUUCAAAGAAUUUUUCGACCAGCUGCAUAAAUACAAUGUCCCCCUGUUCAUCUUCUCUGCUGGCGUGGGUGACAUCCUUGAAGAAAUUAUCCGCCAGGCCAGUGUUUUCCACCCAAACGUCAACGUGGUAUCCAACUACAUGGACUUUGAUGAUAACGGAGUCCUCAAGUGUUUCAAGGGACCUCUCAUCCACACCUACAACAAGAACAACACCGUUCUUCAGGGUACAGAGUAUUUCCAGCAGCUGAGCAGUAGGACUAGCAUCAUCUUGCUGGGGGACUCGAUGGGUGAUCUGACGAUGGCAGAUGGUGUUCCCAGCGUGGAGAACAUCCUCAAGAUUGGCUUUCUCAAUGACAAGGUGGAAGAGCAAAGGGGGAAGUACCUGGAUGCCUACGACAUUGUGCUGGAGAGCGACGAGACGCUAGAUGUUGUCAAUGGGAUCCUCCGGUACAUCCUAAUUGAGACAUGAGCUGGGAAGCCAGUCCUGACUCCGGCUCUUCAGCAAGGCGCCUGGGGAAUUAAUGUCCUUCCCUUUACAAAGCCGGAGUGGGUCUCCUGGUACCUGCUUGAAUCCAUCCUAAUACCAGGGGCAGCUUUCCCUUCCUGCCCUGGCUUUUGUGUGUUGUGCCCAUCCUGAACUUUACAAACUGUUCUUUUCGUCAGUCCUGGAACUGGAGGAGUGAGUUGGGGAAAGCAAAUAGUCCACUUGCUUUCCCCCACCUCUGCCCCAGCUCUGCUGCUUACUCGACUUCAUCCCAACCAGCCCUUGGGACCACAACAGACCACUUAAUAUUUUGGGUAGAGGCCUUCUGUACCUAGCUUCAGCGGCUGAAUGCAGAAAUAAAGGUCGUUUGCCAUGGAA